GGACAACGGAAAACGCAAAGCAAGAUGGCGGCAAUCAAUCUUCGGCAUGUCGCCGGCCGGACCGGGAUUCCCAACUUAAUUGCCCAAUGAAUUGAUUCAAUCUUGCCUCGAUUGAGAUUCAGUACUGCAGUUAAGUGACUCUCAGCGCAUUAACGACGUCACUUCAGCGAAAAUUAGCAAAAAUCCCGUUCUUUUACCCUAGUUCGGCUCUUGCAGCAUGGGUACUGGCUAUAAAUUCUUUUCAAGUUCCUCAUUCCUUCUAUCGACAUGUUAUUCGAUUCCGUGAAAAAUAUCGAUGGCAUCCAAUCAUCAGGCGAGUUCAAAAAUGAGGAUUCUUUGUCGCGCGUGGACCCGGUCUCUGGUGGCACGCAAGAGUCCAAGGAGGGUGUUUCCGCUGUAUACGAAGCUAAAAGCCAACUGAUCAAUGAAUAUCUCCAAACUGAGAUCGGUUUUGGUCGCUACCAAUGGCAACUUUUCGUACUCACCGGUUUGGGCUGGGCAGCAGAUGAUAUCUGGCUACAAGGAGUCGCGAUUAUCCUUCCUCAAAUUGAAAACGAGCUCAGACCAGUUCGCGUUGAGUACGCAACAAUGGCGCUGUAUGCAGGUCUCAUAUUAGGUGCAAGCACUUGGGGUGUGCUGGCAGACUUGAUCGGGCGAAGGCUUUCGUUCAACAUCACUUUAUUCAUUGCUGGCGUAUUCGGUAUUGCUGCAGGUGGGGCGAAUAAUUUCACUACCCUUGCGGCGUUAAUCGCCUGUCUGGGAUUUGGAGUCGGCGGAAACUUGCCUGUCGAUGGUGCUAUUUUCCUCGAAAAUAUACCUCAAUCCCACCAAUGGCUUCUUACUCUGUUGUCGGUUUGGUGGGCUUUAGGACAGCUUUUAGCUUCCUUGAUCGCCUGGCCGCUGAUAGGGAAUUUUUCGUGUGCAUCCGCCACGGAUUGUACUAGAGCCGAUAAUAUGGGAUGGCGUUAUAACUUCUACACCUUAGGCGCUAUCACUUUCCUGAUGUGGUUCUUGCGUUACUUCGUUUUCAAUUUACAAGAGUCUCCUAAAUAUCUUCUGGCAAAGGGACGCGACGAAGAUGCACUGAAGGUCUUGGAACAUAUCGCCCGCGUCAACGGCAAAGUACUCAGUCUCACACUUGAUCAACUUCAAACCGUGUCGGGCGAGAAAAGGGCAACCGGGGUACCGAUGUCCAACUUGCAAAUUAUCAAGCAGUCUUUCUCCUCCUUCACGCUUUCUCAUGUCAAGCCUUUAUUUUCUACUCGUCGAUUGGCUAUCAAUACUUCCAUUACUAUUGCUCUUUGGGGACUCAUUGGUCUUGCAUACCCUCUCUUCAACGGAUUCAUCACACUGUACCUGACCACCCACAUCUCUGAUGCCUCUUCGAGUGUUUCCACAACCUACCGCAACUAUGUUAUCAUCUCAAUUCUCGGCAUACCAGGCUCGGUUAUCGCUUGUCUUGUGGUUGAUUGGUAUCGGAAGGACCAUUCAGAAAAAUCGAUGAGGGAUAACCGUUCAGGGAGGAGGUUCAUGAUAGGCGGUCGGAAACUUACAAUGGCGGUAUCGACCGCACUUACGGGGAUUUUCCUGUUCUUGUUCACUACGAGCACGAAGGAAGCCGACGUUUUGGCGUACUCGUGUGUGACUUCGUUAACACAGAAUGCUAUGUACGGUGUACUAUACGCCUACACGCCCGAAGUCUUCCCCGCGCCCCAUCGAGGAACGGGUGAUGCUCUUUGCUCUGCUUUUAACCGGAUGACAGGUAUAUUGGCCCCUGCAAUCAAAAUCGUAACGACACCGGUUUCCGGUGGUGCUUCACAGACUACUGCUAACGGACCUAUCUUUGUCGCCGCCUCGCUGUUCCUUGUUUCAGCGAUUCUGAUGUUGUUGCUUCCUAUCGAGACUGCCGGUAAAGCCGCGCUUUGAAGCCAUGCAGACUUCAAGAAUUGGGACUAAUUUCUUGUCUUUCCUUGUGCUGUCUAUUUGUUGGGGCUUGCAUCUCGAUUGGACUCGACAUACAUAGUCAAUAUCAGAGCAUUACAUUAAAAAAUGUUCGAUAGAUUGUGUUUUUCCUUGGUCUCUGCUGUUACCUCUGAUCAGCUUCCGAUGGGGGUUGGUGCUUUAAGUUCGAAGGUAUAGUGCAGGAAGGUGUCCUUGGGAUUUCGGUACUGUAGCGACUCAUCGAUCGGGGGUCUUAUCCAUCCAGGAUACUGAGCAGCCAUUGCAGCUGGAAGACAUCCACAAUAUUCCCAAUCGACGACACCAGAUAUUUCACCAGAUACAGUUUCGAG